AUGUUCUAUGGAUACCCGGUCGAGCACCUUUGUACACUCCAAUACAGCCUCAUAUCACUCGUGCCGGCCUUGUUGCCACAUUUGCAGGAUGCUGCCUCGCCUGGGCUUGAUACACUAUCCUCUGGACGAUCAAAAGCGGACUCGCUGCGCAUGUCAGAUCGACAGAGCCUACUUACAUACAUGGGCCUUCCGUUGCCUCUGUUCAGCGGCGGUGCCUUUUUUCAGCCGUACUGUCCACUGCAACAGAUCGACACACUCAAAUGCGACUCAUGGCUCAUCGGAACGACGAAUCAGGUCUUCAAGCACCAGCGAGCAUCCCAACCUGAUGUCAUUGUGGAUGUACGUUGUUGUCAUUGCUCACAAGUACAGUUGGAUAAGAUGCAGCUUUCAUUCCACGAUCCAGCCCUCCAAAGUCUCGUAUCACUCACCCCGGCGGACCGAAAAUGGAUGGAUGAAGUCAUUGGCGUGGUCCAAACGACAUGGAACAGUGCGGAUCCAGCGCAACCCACACUCAUGCAGUACAAGGGAAGUGACGACUACUUGCGUGCACGCUUUGAAGAAUAUGUGUUUGGGCUGUUGUCAUUAGCCAAGCAUCGUGAGCUGCAUCCGACCAUGAAUGAGUUACCCUCAAUUUCUUCAUUCGGACGUGAUUUUCUUGAUGCAUUCCGUCGUACAAGAGCUUUUCAGACAUGGCAUCAGUUCACAGAUGAGUCGCUGUGUGAGUUGAUCUCUUACCAGCAUCCGUGCACGGGGAAAACAACCACGCUUUCAGAUGUAACCAUUCGGCUUCAAGCUGGCAUUAGUGAUCUGAACCUUGAGGAAAAUCUUGCCCCAACACGAGAAAGACUCGGCGCUGCUUGGCAAGCGGGAAGUGCGGGCCUUUCUCGCGUUGCUAUGAAUUGGCGUCAGGAUUUGGGUCGCAUGACAGCAUCGUACACCCGAAACACGAGCCCCAAUGCCACGGAUGCAACCGCAUCUAAGGGCUCAGAUACGCUUUCUGCGCUGCAGGCAACAGGUGCGCAAGGAGCAGCAGCCUUAAGCCAGCUUGGUUCAUAUCUGUCAUCAAGGCAACGAGCCUGGUAUGGUGCAUUCUCCAAGACUCCAAAGCGCGGAGAUACGGCUGAGUCGUCACCAACAUCGUCUAGACCUAGUGAAGAGAUGAUUGAUGCUAAGAAAGCAAAUGCAUCUGUCUUCGGAGCGGAAGGAGGGAAGGCUGCUCCGACUCACAGGGCUAGCGCGUCAGAUACUUCUGCUGCGCCCGCCGCCACUAGACCGAACGAGAAAGAGAAGGACAAUCACACUACUUCAUCCAACGAAAAUGACUCUGCAAGUAAGGAAACGUCGACAGAGAGCACCAAAGCAUCCCAUCAAGCAUAA